AUGGAUAUAAUUAUAGAAGGUGAGCAGGAUUACCAAAAUGAUACAGUUUAUAAUGAGGACGUCAAUCAUAUCAAAUUUAUGGAAGAAAUAACUGAAUCUACUAUUAAAAUUAUUGUUAGUGAUUCUUUUUCAUCAUGGGAAGAAGCUGAAGUACAACUGAACAUUUGA